UUCAUGCCAAGCAGUCUGAAGCCAUGUCCGGUGAUCAGAAAGUGCUGUUAAAAGGGCAUUCGUCUCAGUAUGUCAAGCUGAAUGUUGGUGGUCGCUUAUAUUAUACUACAAUCGGAACACUGACGAAGCAUAAUGAUACAAUGCUAAGCGCUAUGUUUAGUGGUCGCAUGGAGGUGCUAACUGAUUCAGAAGGUUGGAUACUAAUAGAUCGCUGUGGAAACCAUUUUGGAAUCAUACUCAACUUCUUGCGCGAUGGCAGUGUCCCAUUACCCGAAACUAACAAAGAAAUAGCUGAGCUACUUGCAGAAUCAAAAUACUACUGCAUUACCGAGCUUGCAUUGUCAUGUGAACGGGCACUAUAUGCACACAUUGAGCCAAAACCUAUUUGCCGCAUUCCAUUGAUAACUUCGCAAAAAGAGCAACAACUUCUAAUCAGCGCGUCUUCGAAACCGGCAGUUAUUUUAGUGGUGCAGCGACAAAACAACAAGUAUUCAUACACAAGCACAUCCGAUGACAAUUUAUUAAAAAAUAUUGAACUUUUCGACAAGCUCUCUCUGCGUUUCAACAAAAAAAUUUUAUUUUUAACACAAAAAUUUUGUUAUUUUUAUAACCGAAACUAA